UAAUUUCAUUGGUUUAGGGUUUUGUAGCACAGUUUUUUCGCAACACAGACUAAAAUCAAAUGAAGAAGAAACAAGAAGAGAGUUCGUUGGAGAAGCUGAGCACUUGGUAUCAAGAUGGAGAGCAAGAAGGUGGGGAGAGAAGUGAGAAGAGAAGGAUGAGUCUUAAAGCAUCGUACUUUGAGAGUUCUCGAAUCGGUGGGAGUAAAAGCAAAGAAGAUAACAAGUCUCUGGUUGAUGCAGAGCAUCAAGAUCGUGAUUCCAAGGGUUCUGAUAAGAGAGAGAGAGAUGGGAGAGAACGAACUCAUGGGUCUUCUUCUGAUACGAGUAAGAGGAAGAGAUGGGAUGAAGCUGCUGUUCCUGUUAAUGAUGGUGAUUAUAAAAGUAGUAAGCUUUCUGAUUCUAGACAUGAUAGUAGUGGUGGAGAGAAAGGUUUUGUUAGUAAUGAACAUGGUGAGGGUAGGAGUCAUUCGAAGUCUGAUAGGAGUUUGAAGGCUAGUAGUAGAGAGGAUAAGAGUAAGAGUCGAGGUGUGAAAGAUGAUGAUAGGGGUAGUCCUCUCAAGAAAACGAGUGGUAAGGAUGGUUCUGAGACAGUGAGAGAAGUGGGUCGAUCUAACAGGUCUAAGACACCAGACAGAAGUGGGAAGCGUCAUCAAGAAUCUGAACAUUCGGAUGCAGACUACGAAAAAGAGAAAUAUGGUCGGAAAGAUGAGAGAUCCAAAGGUAGGGAUGAUGGAUGGUCUGAUAGGGAUUGGGAUCAAGAAGGCUCAAAGGAUACUUGGAAAAGAAGACAUUCUAGUAUUAGUGAUAAAGAUCAGAAAGAUGGGGACUUGCUUUAUGAUCGUGGCAGGGAACGGGAGUUCCCAAGGCAAGGACGUGAAAGGAGUGAAGGCGAGAGGUCUCAUGGUCGUUUGGGUGGCAGGAAAGAUGGAAACAGGGGUGAAGCAGUUAAAGCUUUGUCAAGUGGUGGCGUUUCAAAUGAGAAUUAUGAUGUAAUUGAGAUACAAACCAAGCCACUUGAUUAUGUCAGAGCAGAAUCAGGUCCCAACUUUGCUCGUACGACUGAAUCCGGUCAGCAGCCUCCUAAAAAGCCUACUAAUAAUGAUGAAGAGUGGGUUUACAACCAGGAAGGUAGUAGACAGAGAAGUGAGACUUUUGGGUUUGGAACUUAUGGGGAGGAUUCGAGAGAUGAAGCUGGUGAAGCCAGUUCUGAUUACUCAGGGGCUAAAGCAAGAAACCAGAGAGGUGCAACCCCUGGUCGAACUCAUUCUAUGCAAACCCCUAAUAGAGGUCCGCAGGCUCCACAAGGCAUGAGAGGGAACAGACCCUCAAGGGGUCGGAAAGGAAGACCUGCUGGUGGCAGAGAGAACCAACAAGGUGCCAUUACAAUGCCUAUCAUGGCAUCACCAUUUGCGAAUCUUGGAAUGCCACCACCCAGCCCUAUUGAUUCUCUUACUCCUGGUAUCUCACCAAUUCCAAGCGGUCCUGUUACCCCUGUCUUCAUGCCUUCAUUUGCCCCGACUCUUGUCUGGCCUGGGGCCCGAGGAGUUGAUGGCAGUAUGUUACCUGUUCCUCCUGUUCUCUCGCCUCUUCCUCCUGGACCAUCAGGCCCAAGAUUUCCUUCAAUUGGCACUCCACCAAACCCGAAUAUGUUCUUUAAUCCACCAGGUUCUGACAGAGGAGGGCCACCUAACUUCUCUGG